CAUGCUUUUACUUUCAACAUCUAAACUGUCGCACAAGUGCAAAGUGAAACAGUGUGUUGCAAACAAUUUCCAAGUAGUUUUGUAAGUUCUGCGGCUGUUCAAGGCAAAUAACAAUAAAACGAGUUGAGCAAAAGUAGGAAGAAAACGUUGUAUGAGAUCUACAGAAAUAUAUGUGUGUACUCACACAUACCCUUCCGCCUCUUAUCCACAAAAUCCCAGUGGAUCGAUAAAGCUAAUGCAAAUGCGAAGCAGAAACUCAGCACAUAUUCUCUUACAAAUUUAUGUAAAUACAUAAGUGUCCUUAAUAUAUAUAGAUACACAUGUAUGUAUAUAUGCGCGCAUUAACAGUCGAGCAAAUAGUGACAGUUUGCGCCUCGAACUAGUAACAAGUUGCAAAUGCAAAAUCUGAAAUCUCUACGAAAACAAAUUGACGUUGCAUUUUAGCAAACAUAAAAAUCGACAAAGUUUGGAGCAAACUGAAGCGGCAAAGACAAUGCGCUCGAAGGCAUUAUAAAGAAAUUUAAUUUACUUAAAUGCAUGCAAGACUGUCGGGAACCCAGCGACCUCUUUGAAGAUGUUUGCAUGUUUUAGAGAAAAAGGAGCCAGAAGAGCAACGUACGUGUCUCUAGUAACGUUUGGCUAGUAAAGCUGCAACUUAGAGCUAGUUUGUAUAUCAAGAAAAUAAAAUUGUAUAAAAGAGAGAAGCAAAAAGUACUUUUGCUACGGUGUGCAUACAUCUAAUCGAAAGAACCGGAUGCAGCAAGGAAGUGGAGCAUUUUUGCAUAACCGAAAUGAGAAGUUCGAAAACAUAAUUCACACACUCGAUUAUUUCUAAACUGCCCACUGUGGAGCUUCGAAAAUUGCUGUUUUUUUUUAGUGCAUAUAGACAUUGUCUAGACCAAUACAACAUUCUCGAAGCAUUCGAAAAAAUUCAGCCUUUAAUUGGCACUCGAUAAUACUAUAGAAGUUGUUAGCUACCCUACGGACAUGAGCGCUCCAAACACAAAUAUGUUAAUUCAUAAUACGUGAAAUAUGUACCCAAAAUUUCCACAGUUUUUUGUGCCUAAAUAUUGAUAAGAUUUUAUUUGUUGUUUUACUCGCGCUUGAAGUAGUUUUACUUUGAUUAGAUCCGGACAUAUGUGAGAAGUGGAUGAUAUGGUUAUAGACGAUAAGGGUUAAGACAGCUAUAUCUUUAAAAACAAUCGGCUAAUAAAGUAGAGGCACUUGAUUGCUCGCAAUACUGCCUCUGGGUAUAUAACAUGCCGUGGGUGCUUGAUGGUCGACUCAGUUUUCGUUGCGAUGUCUUUCGGUAUACUUCGUAUAGUACCAAUUUUAUUACUCUGCGCUUGCGGCGCUUUUGCAGCCAGUGACGUUGAUUGGUGGGAGUCGGCUACGCUCUAUCAAAUCUAUCCACGCUCGUUUAUGGAUAGUGAUGGUGACGGUGUGGGCGAUUUGAAUGGUAUUACGUCACGGCUGCCGUUCCUCAAGGAAAUAGGCGUGACCGCCACUUGGCUGUCGCCCAUCUUCGAGUCACCGAUGGCCGAUAUGGGUUACGAUGUCACCAAUUUCACGAAAAUUGAGCCACUCUUCGGCACGAUGGAAGACUUUGAUGCCAUGGUGGCGAGGGCGCAUGAGUUAGGCUUGAAGAUCAUUCUAGAUUUUGUGCCAAAUCAUUCCAGUGAUGAGUGCGAAUGGUUUCAAAAGUCUAUAAGACGUGAGGAUGGUUACGAUGACUUCUACAUAUGGGACGAUGGUAAGAUAGAUCCACAAACGGGUGAACGUAUGCCACCAAGCAAUUGGAAUUCGGAAUUCAAUGGACCGGCAUGGACUUGGAACGAGCAGCGCCAACAGUACUAUUUUCACUGGUUUCUAGCUAAGCAACCGGAUUUUAAUCUCAGAAGUCCAAUGGUGCACCAACAUUUAAUCGAGAUCAUGAAAUUUUGGCUGGAUCGUGGUGUGGACGCUUUUCGAAUCGACGCGGUACCACACUUUUUUGAAAAGCGUUUAGACAAUGGCACAUACCCGGACGAGCCACCUAGCGGAAUGACCAACGACACAAAUAGUAACAGGUAUUACAACCACAUUUACACAAAGGACCAGCCGGAGAAUCCCACCAUAUUGUAUGAAUGGCGAGAGUUCCUAGACGAGUACCAGCGUCAACAUGGCGGCGACACACGCGCUAUGGUGGCAGAAGCUUAUGCAACUGUCGACAUUUUAAGCGACUAUAUCAACAAUGGCACCCACGUCGGUACUCAACUGCCCAUGAAUUUCAACUUUGUAUUUUUAGGAAACACUGCGUCGGCGAGGAUGGCUCAACUACUUGCUGACAAUUGGAUGAAUGUCAUGUGGACCAAACAUAAAGUAGCCAACUGGGUUGUUGGCAAUCAUGACAACAGCCGGCCGGCGACGCGCAUAGGGGAACAACGCGCCGAUAUGAUGACGAUUAUAGCACACGCCAUGCCUGGCACAUCCGUUACUUACUAUGGUGAUGAAAUCGGCAUGACCGAUUAUGAAGCUGAAUGCACAUGGGACAGUUGCGACUUCCGUGACCCCGAGCGGACACCAAUGCAGUGGGAUUCUACGACAAAUGCCGGUUUCAGCAAAGGCAACUCAACUUGGUUGCCCGUCAAUUCAAAUUAUAAGACGCUCAAUGUACAGCGACAGCGAGGUGUUGCACGUAGCACAUUGAAUAUAUACAAGGCCAUGACGGCGCUUAAGAAAACGGUUGCUUUCAAAUCGUUCAAGGAGGAGGGCGGUUUCGCAUAUGAGGCUUUGACAGAGCAAGUCUUUCAAAUUAUCAGAACUGCUCCAAAUAUUGAGGAGUAUCGUGUACUUGCCAACUUCGGCGGUCAGAUCGAGUAUUUAGAUGGUUUGACGAACAAAACUAUGGAGUAUGUCAUACUUAACUCUUACUCGCCGCACAGAUACGGUGAUAAAGUGGAUUUGAGCAAACGAAUUUACCUAAUGCCCUAUGAAGCAGUGGUUCUGCGUUGGGUCGCCUGAAGUAUUUAUAAGAAUUAAUUUAAUUUUAACAAAGCCUCAA